UUGAAUUUCGAUCGAACCUCGGUGAAAUUUUUGAAUAAUGGCAGCUCCGCUCAUCCGGCUUAUACGGAGUUCGUCGUCGUUCGUCACGGCGAAACGGAGUGGAAUGCUGAUAGAAGGAUUCAGGGACAUGUCGACAUUGACCUGAAUGAAGUUGGGAGACAACAACAAGCGGCUUUGGUGGCUGAUCGGCUAUCCAAAGAACCUAAGAUUUCUGCUGUAUAUUCUUCCGAUUUGACACGGCACAAGCAAUUGCUGAUAGAUGUGGUGGUAUUGAGGGUGGUGGCGAGAGUCUUGAUAAAUUAUAUGAGCGUUCCACAUGUUCUUUUCAAAGAAUUGCAGCAAAGCAUAGAGGUGAGCGAGUGGUCGUGGUGAGUCACGGAGGCACCAUCAGAUCACUAGCCCUAACGGGAGGCCUGCAAAGAUACUGAAUACUUCUGUGCACAUCUUUCACAUAUCCGAUGGAGACGAGUGGACCAUAGAAUCUUGGGGUGAUGUUAGCCAUCUCAACCAAACGGGAUUCCUGGAGUCCGGUUUUGGUGGUGACAGAACCUCUGGUUAGCUGCACUACAACGGACAGCAACCCUCUGAUGUGAUGGAAGUGAUUUUACACUUGUACCGAUAUCUAUUGUUGUUUGAUGGAUCGUAGCUGGCUGAUAUCUUGUAGUGGUAUCUGCAACUGCAAGUCAUCGACUUUUGAAGCUGUAUUGAGAUUUUAGCACCUCAAAGCUUUUCAGUUUCGAGGCUCCAUUGGACGGGAAGUUGACACUUCGAAGCAAUGGCAGUAGCUGGAGGAGGAAGCGUGGCCCAGCACCAACUACUAGAUAAGGUGAAGGGUAAUUAUGUAUUUUUAUCCUAGAAUACAUCGAGUUUGUAUAUGUGAAUGGAAGAAUAUGUGUAUUGUCGUAGUAGUGUUUAGCUUGGAGGGAUUAUAAUGGCGGGUCUGCAAAAAUUGCAGGCAUUGUUGAUUUUUUUUUCUUUUCAAGUAACUCCAAAGAUUUCUGGAAUUCAUG